CAAACACACUCAUUGGCUGCUCAUAGUUAGUAAACAGUAAUUAAUCAGACAGAUUUCAUGUCCUUUUUACUGAACUUUGAUGCUUAGGUUGGAGGGCAGAGGUUUGAAUUUACACGCUCCCAUCUAUCUGCAGAAAGAAAAUGCACAACUAGCAACAUCUAGAAGCCAGGCAUUCAUCUUGGAUAAACAUGAACUGUUGGAUGCAGGGGUAUGCCAUUAGCUAAUAUCAAAUUUGGUUUGGACCAAUGGUCUCUUUGAUGCCUCUAACCGAUGGCUUCCACUAUUGAUAAAAUAAUCAUCAAAAUCACUCCUGAUAACAAGCUUAAAAUGAAAAUUAAAGUCGGUAAGCAGUCUCGGGAACUAAUAAUGCAGCUUCUUAGUACCUCCAACACAAGACAGGUUCCUUGUUUAUUCAGCAAAAUCUUUCUCAUUCGGUAUGGUACGAGAACACAUAUAUUCCUUCUCAAGCUAGCCAGUCUGGCUUACCGUCUCCAGAAUAUGGGCAGAUAUAUUGUUUACAUAACCAAUGACCUGUCUGAUUUAAGUGCAUAAAAAAAUGUUUUCAGCAGGCUAAUGGAGUCCAAACAAAGAGGAGAAGAUUGGCAAGUUGAACCUCAAACACCCCAGAUUUGGUCAUAAGCUUGAGGCCUCUUCGUUUGUAGUGACAGCCACUUCAAAAAAUAAUAAAAAACAAGUCCAAGCUGGAUCGAUGUAUCAGUAGCUAGCUAACACUGCAUUGUCCUGUUGAUGCAAAAUUCUUAUAACGGGUAGAAGUAAAAUAAAUUGCAGGUUUAUUUGUUUGUCAUUUCUGCUUACCAGUACAAUAACCAAGAAACAAUCAACUGUAGCUUGUUAAUGUCUCUUUGCCUAGGCUGAGACUUGCCCCUUUUUAAUUACUAGUGCUACUAUUUUACAUAUUUGUGGGUUUGACUUAGAUUCAAACGCAUUCACCAAAUAAAAAGCAGCCGCCAUGUUCAACUUGGUUUUAAUUUUUGUUAGUAAACUUUUGGUCCUUGAUGAUCAUAUGGAUUGAAAUGUAGAGAUUUGACCAUAUAGCUAGCCAUGGUCCCAAACUAGGGAAAGGUUGGAAAAGCUUUUUUUUCCUUUUGGUGAAACCGUGAGUGGAAAACAGGCAUUUAAGGGUAGUAAUUAGGCAAGUAAUGGUAACUGAAGAUUCUUAAUUCAUUUCUUAUCAGCAAGCAAAACAGACAAAAGAAAUUUUGGUAACUGAAGGUGGAGUAGUACGUUUUUGAUAAGGUUUUCCGGGAGUAGUUGAGGAGUAAAAUGAUGGGUGAAAGGAGGACAGAUGGGAGGCAUGCAGUAUACCAUUAUACUAACUGAUUACCUAUUACAUGGAAGAAAUUAAUUUUGUCCUGGACAGGCAAAUAAGGUUUAGGAAGUUGCCUUGAAAAGUCUCCUAAUAGAGAACAGCUCAUCCAUGAAAUUCCACCACUAACCCUUUCAUUCCUCUGCCUAUAAAUCUCUUCAUUUUCUCCUUCCAAACAAGAAACAACAAUUUAUUCUAUUCUCUCUCUCUCUCUCUCACACACACACACAGACAGUUUGUUCUUUACAUUUCAGUUCUUGCUUCAGAGUUUAAACCAUGCCUGCUCAAGUGAUGCCCGAGAAAACCCUUCAAAGCCUCCAUGUCUUGGGAAGAGAAAACAAUUCUUCUCCUCAUCCUAAAAGGUUGGAGGGGAAAAUUGCAAUUGUGACAGGAGGGGCUAGAGGGAUUGGAGAGGCAACAGUGAGGCUUUUUGCUAGACAUGGUGCCAAAGUAGUCAUUGCAGAUUUGGAGGACACGCUUGGAGCUGCGCUUGCUAAUUCCUUGUCUCCUUCAGUCACUUUUGUUCAUUGCGAUGUUAGGCUGGAAGAAGACAUUGAAAACUUAAUAAAUUCAACGAUUUCCCGCUAUGGGCGGCUCGAUAUCCUCUUUAACAAUGCUGGGGUGCUUGGGAAUCAGAAAAAGCACAAGAGCAUUGUCGAUUUUGACGUCGAUGAGUUUGAUAACGUCAUGCGAGUGAAUGUGAGAGGAAUGGCACUAGGAAUCAAGCAUGCGGCACGUGCAAUGAUUCCCAGGGGUGGUGGGUGCAUCAUUUCCACAGCUAGUGUGGCUGGAGUCAUGGGAGGCCUCGGUCCACAUGCUUACACUGCUUCGAAGCACGCCAUUGUUGGGUUGACAAAGAACACAGCUUGUGAAUUAGGCCGGUAUGGGAUUAGAGUCAACUGCAUUUCUCCAUUCGGUGUGGCUACAUCCAUGCUUGUUAAUGCAUGGAGAAGCCACGAUGAUGAUGAAGAAGAGGAUUCCAUCAACUUUGGGAUUCCCUGCCAGCAAGAAACGGAGAAGAUGGAGGAGUUUGUGAGAGGGCUUGCCAAUUUGAAAGGUCCAACUCUCAGGGCUAAAGACAUAGCUGAGGCUGCUCUCUAUCUUGCUAGUGAUGAAUCCAAAUACGUCAGCGGCCAUAAUCUUGUUGUGGAUGGUGGAGUUACCACCUCAAGGAACUGUGUUGGCUUGUAACAAUCUUUUUUUUUUCCUUCUAGAUUCCCCUCAAGUGUAAAUUUUCAGUUCUAUCAAUUAAAGUCAGCAUAGCAUUUGCAUGAUUGCAAGAUUUUCCA